GGCUGCAGUGCUCCAACCUGGAUUCAAACCCUGCAGGAGCUUCCAACACAUGACAUCAUUGGAAUAUAUUACCUUGUUUUCUUUGAAUUGGACUAUUUCCUUCUAGCUUGACUGCUUCUUUAAAAAAAAAAAAAAAAAAUUCAGUGAUAGCAGAGUUGCUGGAAGCUGUGUAAUCAGUGGAAGUAUUUUUUUCCUGAACCAGCCACACCUGAAGCGUGUGAAGAGUGGAUUUUAUUGCACGGGUUUUAGCACAAACUAUCAUCAGGAGUCCGUCUUCACCCUUCAGUCCAUCUGCACGUCGUCUUCGUUGUCAAAAAGAGGCGCUCAUGAGCUUUGGCAACAACAGAGAAGCCUCCCCUGCAGCUUCAUGGGUUGAAACGCCCGAGAUUUGGCGACCUCCAUCUCCAUUUCCCUCCGGACCCGCCGCCGCUCAGACUGGUGGGUGCAGCAAGAUCUAGACUGGAAGGACCACCACAAAGACCGAGAGAAAAGGCAGGGAUCGUCCAUCUUGGCCGCUGUUCUAUCCCCCCGUGCAGCACAGGAUUGGCCACCUGUCCUCCGCCCGAGCUAGUCCACAACGGACCCUGUAGAGCCAGGACGUCAACAGGGACUAUGCAGCUGGGUCUGGUGGCGCUGGCGAUGUUGUUCCUAAGCUCCAUGGCUCACGCUGAUCUGGUCAAGCCCUCCAAGGCCCGCCGGCACAGACGAGAUAGCGGCGAGGGGCUGCCAUCUUGCUCCAAAGGCUGCGAGCGUUGCUCCGAGGUCAACGGCUGCAUGAAGUGUCGGCCCAAGCUCUUCAUCUACUUUCAGCGCAACAACAUCAGCGAAGUGGCCGUUUGCCUGGCCUCCUGCCCCAUGGGCCACUUUGGCGUGAGGAACCCGGGAGGCAACAACAGAUGUUACCAAUGUAAGCUGGACAACUGCGCCGCCUGUUUCAGCCACAAUUUCUGCACAAAAUGCAAGGAGGGCUUUUACUCCAACAGCGGCCGCUGCUACGUCAGCUGCCCAGCUGGCCAGCGCACCGCCAACGACACCAUGGAGUGUGUGGAGUGCGAACUGGCCGAGUGGAGCCAGUGGGGAUCGUGCACCAAGAAGAACAAAACGUGCGGCUUUAAAAAAGGGACGCAGUCUCGUGUUCGGCUCCCAGUGCAUCACGCCCGCAAGUCCGUGACCCCCUCGGCCGGGGGUCUUUCUCAGAGGUGUGGAGCACAGACCGAGAGGAGAAAAUGCACGGUGGCCAAGAUACCCUGUGUGAGAGACAAGAAGAAGACUCCAGGAGUAGACGUCAUAAAAGGCAGUCGAGGCGGAAGAGUGAGGAAAGGGCAAAGCAGGACCACGGACAUUCCCAACAUCACAAGCAGCUCCGUCACUUAAACUCCAGAGGAAGAGUGACAAAGUCCGCCUGUAGACGUGGUGACGGCGACACAGAAACACUCACAGCAAAAGCCCCAUGGCUGACGCUGACUCAGCGCGCUUGCAUCGCAGACCGGAAGCCCAGAGCUCCCGUCUGAUUUGAACAAAUCCAGCUCAUUUUUUGUGUCGUCUGAAGCCAUGGAUGGAUUCUCUCCUCUUCAAGGUGAUGCAAAGACCGUAAAGAGCAUUCAAGUCUUUAGUGGGAGCAAAUGGAAAGGAAAUAGAAACCAUUAGGGAUUGUUCUUCAUUUGUAAAAUGUGCAGUCCCGUUCAUCCCAGUCACAUUUACAAUCUUCAUUAUUUAAAUAAUAUAAUACUGAUACAAGGGCUGAAUGAGCCACUAAAUACCACAACUUCAAAACCCCAAACCAGUGAAGUAGUCACGUUGUGUAAAUGAUAAAUAAAAACAGAAUACAAUGAUUUGCAGAUCCUUUUCAACUUGCAUUCAAUUGAAUAGACUGCAAAGGCAAGAUAUUUAACAUUUGAACUGGAAAACUUUGUUGUUUUUCGCAAAUUUUAGCUCAUUUGGAAUUUGAUGCCUGCAACAUGUUUCGAAAAAAGCUGGCACAAGUGGCAAAAAAAGACUGUAAAAAUUCAGGAAUGCUGAUCAAACACUUAUUUGGAACAUCUCACAGGUGAACAUGCUAAUUGGGAACAGGUGGGUGCCAUGAUUGGCUAUAAAAGCAGCUUCCAUGAAAUGCUCAGUCAUUCACAAACAAGGAUGGGGCGAGGGUCACCACUUUGUCAACAAAUGCCUGAGCAAAGUGUUUAAGAAGAACAUUUCUCAACCAGCUAUUGCAACGAAUUUGGGGGAUUUCACCAUUUACGGCCUGUAAUAUCAUCCAAAGGUUUAAAGAAUCUGGAAAAUCACUGCACGUAAGCGGCAAGGCCAAAAACCACCAUUGAAUGCCCGUGACCUUCGAUCCCUCAGGCGGUACCGCAUCAAAAAGCCACAUCAGCGUGUCAGGUUCAAACACUGAUGGCAUCUAUUAAACAAGACAAGAAGCAAAUAAUUAAACAUAAGACAGAAUUCAAUUUGGCUCAAUUGAGGAGAAACAUGUCAACCUUUAACCUCUUACAGUGUCACCCACACUCUGGCCAAAGAUUGUAUUUCUCCCCCUUUAUUUGGACUUUCUCUGACCACAUGUCCACAGCUGUUUUUAGCGGACAAGGGUCAUAUACAGUUCACAGAAAAGGUUGUAAAACAGUUCAAAGAAGAUGUUCGUAAAGGACUUCAAAGAGACGUUUGUAAAACAGUGGGAAAAGGAGGUCACUUGGAGGGGAUUCUGGUCCUGCUUCCUCUUCGCUUUUAUAGUCCUUGGGUUAAAACAAUAUCUUUCUGUUGAUUACAAUACAUGAAAGAAACAUGAACACCUUCAUCAUGCUUCUCCCCUACACAGUGGAGUGUUACGAGUCUUACUCUUGGUAGGUUCCAAAGAUAUCUCCAGUGUCAGUGACAAUGUCAGGGACAGACGCGGAAGGAGAUUUUUACAACAAACUUCUAAAAUUUUGUGAUAUAUCAGAUAUAUCAGAUUGUAGGUAGGUUUAGUUUUUACCCUUCAGGUUCAUAUUUUGCUGUGUUUGUUGCAUUUUUAUUGCCUUUUGUUUGAUUGUGAAAUAUGUGGAUUGCCAGCUUUGCACGGAUAGAAAAAUACAACUUCAGCACAAUUGAUAAUAACUAUAGCAACGGCCCAUAAGCAUCAGAGAUGUGUGAUAAAAUAUACAUAUUUAUUCCAA